UAAGAGUCAUAAUUAAAUUUAUUAUUAUGAUAUUAAUAUAAAUAUUAUUAACACUUGAUACGUAAUGUAUUGUACAUACUAAAAAGUUUCAGCACCGUUUGCGUGACGUCGUGUAUAAUUGUGCGGUUUCAACUAUACAUAUAUUUAUUGAAAUAGUUCUUUGAUAUUUCAUAAGUCAGUCCAGCCAUUAGUCUGUAGACAUGUUGACUCACUUCUCUUUACAAUGUCUACACCCUUAUUAAAGGAAAAAUUAUUUGUGGACAUGGAAAAUAUCAGUAUACAAAUUGAGCCACAUAAAACAUACUUCAGUGAUGGAUGUGUAGAGAGUAUGCCAGAAGCAGCUGAUGAAAUAGAUUUAUUACGAGGACAACCGCGGCAUGAACUAAAUGAACCUGACAAAUGGUCUUCGCGGUUGCUCAAACGUUCUACAGAUAUUGCAUCUAGUGCAUUAAAUAAGAUUGAUUACCUCGGUGAAUCUUUGGCAUGCUUUUUUGGUAUCACUACACCUAAAUACCAGUUUGAAAUUAACUACCAUAAUAAUAUUGUACAAGAGCUAAACUCGGAAAGAAUUUCAGAUGAAGAAAAUAUGAAAGGAUGGAAUCCUCAACCCCAAGAAUUUGUCACAGACACAGAGCCAUGUUAAAAUGAUUGUACUUUUAAUUUACAUAUUGACAUCUUGUAAUAAUCAUUUAAUAUUUGUUGCCAAAUGUUAUAGUUUAUUUAAUAAUAAUUAAAUUUAAAAAUGCAUUAAGUCUUUAAAUAUUUAUGCUGAAUGGGCUGCAUGAAAAUUCUAUACAUUUAAAGGAACACUAUAUUUUGAGCGUUAAGGAAAUUACUGAAUGUUAAUUAACUAACAUGUAAUCUGGCAUUAUUUAAUAUUUUAAUGGAAUACAUUACACCUUAAAUCAUGAUUAAAUCUCCUUCUAUCUUAUGGUCGACAACCGCUAUAAUUAAAUAACCAGGCAUGAUCGCUAGAUAAUACUGUGCAGGAUAUUUCAUUACCAGAGUUUGAAAAAGAAGUAUUAUUGUUCUAAUUUGUUAUUAUAAAAUGAAUGGGAUGUGUGCAAAUGGACAAGAUAGAAAAAGUCAGUAAUCUAGCAAUCAUGUCUUAAAUACUACAUUUUAAUUAUUCAUGUAGUGAGAAUAAUUUAAAAGCUCAUUUAUAGUACUAAUAUUUUUUGUGCUCUUUAAUGUGAUCAAAUUUAUACAGUAUUUUUUUUUUUUUUUUACUAAACCCUGCGUGGACAAGUUAAAAAGUAUUACAUUUUACUCUUUGAAUAGUGGCUUAAAUAUUUAAAAAUGUACACUCAUUAUAACAUACAUUUGGAUAGCUUAUCAAACUACCAGCUAUAUAGAUUUAUACACUAUUUCAAAUGAGAAUAUGUAUUUUGGGUUAUAUUUUGUAGUGAUAUUGUAUACUAAUGUUAAAUUAUAAUAUUUAAAUCCCUAAAAGUUGUAUUACCCUGUCAAUUUAAUGAAAUGUCAAUGUACUGAAAUUUUUUUUAUGUAUCUACUUUUAGUGUCAUUACUUAAUAAAAAAAUUA